UAAAACUGAGGUCCCGACUCUUUGUGGUCCCAGGGUGUUUCUCGAAAAGAGCAGGGGUACACUAAGUACACCGAAAUUUUAAAUUUAUAACGAAAUCCUAGCCCAUAAAGUUCUGUAAAGUACAUGAAGGCGGAAAUGAACAGAAUGAAGCACAGCGCGGAACUACAAUUUUUCAAUUGUAUUUUCCAUGAGGACAAUUGUAAGCGACGGACUAGUUUUCAUUUAGUAAAAACAUUACAGGGAAGAAGAAAUGAAGAAGCUCAAUUUGUUUUGAUGAUUGUAAAACAUACUCUGAUGAACAAAGAGCACAUUUUCAACUAUGUACGCGUCUGGAACUGAGAGUUUGAUCAAGCAGGCGAGAGAUAUCCGGGAGGAAGAACUGCAGAAAUUCUACUCCCGUAUCUCCAGACUCCUUCAUAACAAAGACUAUGGACUUGAAACCAUUGAUUCUCUGCAGAGACUCUACCUUAUUGUCUCUUCAACAAAAUAUGGCAGGACUCUCCCUCAGGAUGUUCUUGAGAAACUACAGUCACUGCUGUGCUCUCCAAGCACCUCAGAGCAGCUCCAGGCCCUGUCCUCUGCAAUUCUUAGAGAGAGUCUGCCCUUUGAUGUGGAAGGUCUCUCUGUGGACUUUCAAGAUGGAAGGACAGUCAGCUACGUAGCCACAGUGACACUGACACAGGCUAGGAAAAAGGAAGAGGUGUGUACUUUAUUACACCGCCUUCUGAGGUGUCUAGAGCCACGACAGCCUGAAGGUCAGGUUUCACGCCAUCUGCUUCCCAUCCUCUCAAAAGCCAUGAGCCUUUUACCCGAGAUCUUGACAGAAGAUCAUAUCAACCUGGUCAGCAAGAAGCUUGUAGACUGGCUCUGGUAUACCAACAUUCAGCAAGGGGCGUUCUUGUAUUCCGGAGGUUUCUUUACUGGCCCGAGAAACCGACAGCCUGCUCCAGUCACAGAGGUGGAUGGCGAAGUGGCAGCAGACUUCUUUACUGUACUGUGUGUGGGUCAGAACUACACAGAGGACCAAUGGAUGAGCAUGUAUGCCUUCUCUAUGAUUAGGAAGUGGCUACUGUGCUACAACAGUGAUGGGAGUGGAAAUGCAGAUGCAGCACAGCAUAAGAAAGUGUUGUUCUCAGAAUCAGUACAUCACGAUGACCGGUCUGAAGUGGAUGGCUCUGUCGUGUCCAUAAUCUCCACUAGCUCUACUGCCAGCCGCCUGCUUCUUCCUAAAGAAAGACUGAGAGAGAAAGCCUUCGAGUACUGCCACCGACUCAUCGAGCAGAGCGACAGGAAGGCCCUGAAGAAGUCCGAUACAGAGCUGCAAAAAGCUUGCAUGAUCGAAGCAGUGACAGUGAUGGAUAUCAUCUGCAGAGAGGACCCCUCGUUCGUGUACCGGGCCUUUCCUUAUGUCAAAGCUCUCUAUGGCCGGGUUAGAAGAGACCUGGCUUAUUCUCGAGUUCUGCUGCCAAUUGCACAGUUCUAUCUCAACCACAGUGAGACGGCAGCAGUGGACUCUGAGGCUGUAUUCCGGGAGCUCUUCUCCAUUGUCCCCAGUGAGCAGUUCCAGGAGCCCAUGCUGGCUUUUGAAUUCACUCAGUUCUGCAGAGCCAAUGUAACUGUACUCAGCGAGAGUGUGGCCCUGUACAGGCAGAGCUUCCCAAACCUCUUUAAGUUUCUUGCCUGGAACAGCCCUGCUCUCAUCUCAGAAUAUGUUGAGCUGCUUCCUUCCCUGCUUGUUCCUGAGAAUGCCAUUGAGAUUCUCCAUUCUCUGCUGGACCUGCCCUGCCUGACUGCAGCGAUUGAUAUACAGCUCAGGUCACCAUUGUCUCCAAGGUCAGACAAGUUCUUUCUGGAUCAGAGUGUGAAGGUAUCCAGUUCAAUGGAGGCAUUCCGACACCCCAGCUACAGGGGCAUGUUUCUGUACAUCCUGAGGACAGAGGCUGGGACUGGAGAUACCAUUGACAGAUUAAAUGGGCUUCAUGAGAUACUGUCCGAUGUGGCUGACUGCCCACGCGUUGUGCAGUGUGCUCAAACAGUUCCUGUGCUAUUGAACAUCUUCUUCAACAUUGUUGCUCAGUUUGGCAACAAAAAGUUAAUCAACCAACUUGUCCUAGUCUUACUGGAGAGAAGCGGGCUGUUGUUCAACAUAAAAAACUACAAGACUGAAGUACAGAGGGUGUUUAGCUCCCACUUCUUAGUGCUGUGUAAACUGCAACCGUCUCUUAUUGUGGAGUGGUCUAAGGAGCUACUGGACUUCACAGGUACCACAGGGAAUAUAUCCAGCAAGGAAAACCUCUACACCCAUGUGGUCUGGGCCAUUGGUGAGUACCUUUCCGUCUCUUAUGACAAGCGGUGCACUGUGGAGCGGAUAACCCUGUUCUUCGAGACCCUGGAGGCUGUGCUGUUUGAGAUCACACAGGUGCGCCAGUCUGCCAGUCCCCCUAGGUUCUCCCCAAAAGUCAUCACCAUGCUGAUGUCCACCUUGGCCAAGCUGGCAUCACGAAGCCAAGACCUCAUUCCCAGGGUGUCCUUGUUCCUUUCCAAGAUGCGAUCCUUUGCAUGCAGUGCUCCAGUCACCUCCUGCUACAGUGAGGAGGAUAUUGAGGAAAUCCUCACAAGGGCCAAUGAACUGAUCAACCUGCUCAAGCUGCCCAGUGUAGCCCAGUUUGUCCUGGCACCGUCGCAACAGGGGACCAGCCCUCGGUGGCACAGGGACACCAACACUUGCCUGCCCCUUGCCAUGCGAGCCCUGAGUGAGGUGCUGCAGAAGGGCAAUGACCUCCUUCCUGCAUAACAAGACUGCCUCGUCUGACCGCACACACCUCAUUAAGGCUGAAGGAUAUGGUUUGUAACAUUAGUAUCGAGGAUCCCAAGAACCAGAAAUCAUGAGCCAGUAGGAUUUUUACUUCCGAUUGCAGUACAUCAAACAGACAUUAAGUUUUGAAACAGAUCUGUAAGAAGAAAGGUAAUGACAUUGUAGUGAAGUGGAUAUUGUUAAAUAAGCUGGAUGAAGUAUUGUGGAAUUAUUGCUAUAAAGAGAAACUAGAAUAAACAUUUUCUCUUUAAAAUGUGCUCUGUGGUCUUAUUGGUGUAAAACAGGUCCAUAUAAUUUGUUCAUUUCUCUGUUUCUUUCCCAUUGGCUACAGCCAUAAAUGUUUAAUACAUAAAGUUGUCAAAAUGAAUGCUAGACAAAAAAUAUUAUUUUGAAGGAAUUACUUUAUUUUCCUAUACACAUUUACUACCAAGCCAUGAGUUAUUUGUAAAAGUGAUGUCAAUAAAACAAAUUACAUUUCAUCAGGGAUCCACAUGGAGUUGCAUUAAUUCCAUGUGUUUAUUGAUUGUGAAAUACAUAUCCAUCACUAACAGAAAUAGUAAAUAUUUACUAUUUUGAUAACGUUUAUGUUUAUUCUUGCAUUUAUUGUGCCAACAUUUGUGUGUACAGUACAUUGUUUAAGUGUCCUUGAAUGAUAUUGUAUGUUAUAAAAUGUGCUGCUUGCAAAUGAAGUUGCCUGUGCAGAUAUUAAACAGCUCUUCUUGCCACAA